ACCUUGUUUUGAGGAAGUAAUGAGGCUUCGCUGCCUGCUUGGGAAAAAUCUACCUGCUGUUCUUGACAUUUAUUUGUGAGAACAGUUGCGUUUAGUAUAAAAUGAUAAACGAGUGCAGGUGCUGGAUUUUUUUUGUUGCACUUGGCUUUUUGCACGUGUAAUGGAGGUUGUAGGUGUUGUGUGGUCUGGCUCUUUUAUUGUACUCUUUCAGGUGGUUUCAUACGUAUUUGCAGAGGAGUCACUUUUGCAUGCGGUGAAAAGCACAGUGAAUUUCAGUAAAGAAAGUGCAAGAGAUGAGGAGGUCUACAGUCAUGAAGGCAAUCACAUGGAUAUUAUAGUGAAUUCACCACCACAGUUCUCUGAUCUCUUGGUUGUGGAGUUCCCAAGCUCUUCAACAGGUCCAAGGAGAAGAAAGAGAGAGUGGGCUAUUCCUCCUUUUACUGUACUUGAGAACGAUAAAGGUGCUUUCCCAAAAUGGCUGUUCAAGUUAAAGGCAAAUUUAGAUGGUGUACCUGAUGAAGACAUACGCUACAGUAUCACAGGUGAAGGGGCAGAUCAGCCACCUGUGGGGCUUUUCACUGUUACCCCAAUGUCUGGGAGUGUCAUGGUCACUCAGCAACUGGACAGAGAAAAAAAGGCUUUGUACCAGCUCAUGGCUCACGCGAGUUCAGUUACGGGGAUAAAAGUGAAGCCAACAAACCUCACUAUCAUUGUAGCUGACCAGAACGAUAAUAGGCCUGUAUUUGUUGAAAAUCCUUUUAAUGGACACGUUUCUGAAUCUGCUUCAAUAGGUCAUGAGUUUAUGGCAGUCACAGCCACUGAUGCUGAUGACCCAGAUACUUUUAACGCUGAUGUCAGAUACAGAAUUGUCAGCCAAGAUCCACUAUUACCAAAUCCAAACAUGUUUGAAAUCAACCCGGUUUCUGGAGGAAUUUAUUUAAAAUUCUUAGGUCUAGACAGAGAGAAAUUGUCCAGAUAUACUUUGGUAAUUCAGGCUGCAGAUCUUCAAGGGGAUGGUAUGAUGACCACUGGCACAGCAGUUAUUACUGUUACUGACAGCAAUGAUAACGCACCUCAGUUUGACGAAACCACGCACAUCGUAUCUGUCCCAGAAAAUCAUGUAGGGGCUGUAGUGGCCAAACUUACAGUUACUGAUGAAGAUGAACUUGGAUUACCAGCCUGGUCAACCAAGUAUCGGAUCAUUAGUGGUGACAAGGGUGGGUUUUUCAAUGUCAGCACUGGACCCAGCCGUCUAGAAGGCGUCAUAAUGACUGUAAAGCCUUUGGACUAUGAGAAGACCAAGCAGUACAUUCUGUCUGUGAUUGUUGAGAACGAUGAUAAAUUUGUUGGUCCUUUACCUACUUCAACUGCCACAGUCACUGUGAAUGUAGAAGAUGUGAAUGAGCCACCUGAGUUUAUUCCAAAGGAGCAGAUUAUUUCCAAACCUGAAGAUUUACCAGUUGGUAGUGAUGUGGUCAUUUACACAGCCACUGAUCCAGACACUGCGAGACUGCAGAAGAUAACGUAUAAAAUUAGUAAUGAUCCUGCUUGCUGGCUAACUGUGAAUCGAGAGACUGGACAGAUUAAAAUCAGAAACUCUAUGGAUAGAGAAUCUUCCUAUGUCAAAGAUGGCAAAUACAGAACUACUAUUUUGGCCGUGGAUAAUGAUGAUGACAAUCCAGCAACUGGUACAGGAACCCUGGAAAUUAAAGUGGAUGAUGUAAAUGACAACGCUCCUGUUAUUAAUGAAGAACAUAUACAAAUUUGCAAUCGGGAGGCCACAGUCUUUCUCUCUAUAACGGACAAAGAUGGACCUCCUUAUGCUGCUCCCUUUAGCAUUAGCCUCCUAGGAGACACCAAGAAAAACUGGACUGCGGAGAUGAACGAAAACAAAACUGGGAUUCUGUUGACGCUUAAUACUGUGUUGGAACCAGAUGUUUACAAUUUAGUCCUAAGGGUUUAUGAUAACGAUGAGAACUAUGAGAACAGCUCCAUUCAAGCAAGUGUAUGUGACUGCAAAGGGAAUGAUAUUGAGUGUGGAAGAAUUCCGGGAAUGCCACUCCAUGGAGGUUUGGGAAUUCUGGGAGGCAUCUUGGUCCUGCUAUUGCUCCUUCUGCUGGUGCUGUUGUUCAUGAGGAGAAAACACAGAAGCAUAAAAGAACCACUCAUUCCAGAAGAUUAUGAUAUAAGAGACAACAUCUACUGUUAUGAUGAGGAAGGCGGCGGAGAAGACGAUAAGGACUUUGAUUUGAGUGUGCUGCAUCGAGGCCUGGACAACAGACCAAAUGUGUUUAGGAACGAUGUUUCUCCUAUUUUCUUGUCAGCACCUCAGUAUAGACCUCGACCGGCCAGUUCUGAGGACAUCAGCACAUUUGUUGAUCAUAACCUGAAGGCUGCAGAUAACGACCCCACAGCUCCUCCCUACGACUCUCUGCUGGUGUUUGACUAUGAAGGAGAAGGUUCAGACGCAGGUUCACUCAGCUCCCUCAACUCUUCCAGCUCAGAAAACGACCAAGACUAUGACUUCAUCAAUGAGUGGGGCCCACGCUUCAAGAAACUGGCGGACUUGUAUGGAGGAGAAGAGGAUUAAAUGUAAAUCCUGCCUUAAACACAACAUCACAACAUCGUUAAACACAACGUCUUUCUGUAAUGCUCUGAGAGUUUCAACGCAGAGUAUGUCAGUGGUCUAGUGUCAAUAACAUACAGUACAGUGUUCAAAGGCAUUGAGGAUGUUUACAAGUCCCAAAUAUGUGACAAUUUUAUAUAAUUUUUCACUUAAAGGGAACCAAUUAUGCCCCUUUUUACAAGAUGUAAAAUAAGUCUAUAAUGUCCCUAGAGUGUGCAUGUGAAGCUCAAAAUACCACACAAUAAUUUUAUUACUUGAAACUGCCCCUUUCAGGUUUUGGUCCAAACUGUGCUGUUUUGGUGACUGUUGCUUUAAAUUCAAAUGAGAUUGUGCUCUUUUCAAAUGAGGGCGGAGCUACAAAUGCCUGUGUGUCAGCAUAAUGGCAGAUUUAAAACAGAACUAACGUUAUCUCUGUGAAAAACUGAAAAUGUUAAAAGAAGUGGCUCAGAAGAAGGUAGUCAGUAGACACUGCGUUGUUCAUAUGUGCAUCCGAAAACACAACAUUUAUAAUAUCUCUUAUGCUGUGUUUACACCAGACACGGAAUGCGCGAAUAAAUCGUGAUAUUCACACGUAAACAGACCCGUGAACAUUUUGAGUGUACUCGCUUCAAUCACGGGUCAAGUUCACUUCACAAUAGAUGUGAAUUCGCGUGAUGGGCAGGGCUUCUAUCUGCCCGGUGACUCUAGAUUCGUUGCUAACAUGGAUUUCAUUGAAAGAAUAGCUGUGUUUAUGUGCUUUAGGAAGGCUGAAAAACAGUGUCAAUUCUUUCAAUACCAUUUCUAAUUGCACUAGAUUCUUUCAGUGGUGCACCCAGCUCUGUGAGUUCAUCAACUCUCCCAGAAACUAUACCUGGGUGAUGGAGGCUUUCAGCACUGCUUUCGACUGAAACGAGCCCAGUUUGAUGAACUGUUGUCCGGUGUUGGCAAAAGGAUUUCCCCUUGGGACACCAACAACAGGCACUACAUCAUAAUCACACCCUAUAAGAGCAAGCUCAUGAUUGGUUAAUGCAGCACGAAUGUCCGCGGUAGAUUUUCCAUCUUGAACAAUUCACUUAAAAACGCGCAACUUGCGCCACUUCGUGAAUUGCAUCAUUCAUGCCGUCCCAUUGGUCCAAAACGUGCUGCAGGAUAUCUAUUCGUGUCUUUGCAUUGACUUAACAUCUAAAUCAUUUGCGCUUGAUGCUCCAUCCGCAUCUUUUGUGAACGCAGCAUCAGUCACUAACAUUAUCUUCAGCAGGGUGAAAACAAAAAGUGAAUGGCUGUUUCUCACUCAAGGUAGUUUAUACCAAUAAUGGAAAAGAUCGUCACUAGUGGGCAGGGCUUUCCGUCUCUGAUGACACAUACAAAAGCAGAAUGUCAAUCAAAGUGUUUCUGCAGUCUUUAUCGGGUGUGAUUAUUUUAAAAAAAAUGGCAUAUAAGGUCCCUUUCAAAAGAGAAUUUUACCAAAUUUGAAAGCAGCAAAACAAACACAUGUCCAAGUAAAUUUCACCACACGUGAACCUGACAAGGAGAAACUAAAAUAAACCUUUUUUAUUUAGGGUUUGUUUUCUUGCAACAGCAGCCCUUUCUCUAGGAACUAAGUUUAAUUUUAGGAGAAGCAAAACUCAACAGUUUUGGAAGUUAAAACUCCAUUUAUUUUAUUCCACAGGGAAAUUAACUUUUAAAAACAUUAAAGACAGGAAUAACACCACACAGUCUGGCUUCAAUUGUUGUGAUUAUGCUUAGUUGGUUGGCCUAGUAUAUUUAUGAAAAAAAAAAAACUUUUUAUAAAAAAUUCUCAUGGGAAAAAUGAAUGGAAUACAUUUUCUCCAGAGCCAAUGGGAAAAGGUGGGUGGAAACUAAUGCACUGUUUAGGGGCCGAGACCCCAUUGUAUCCAUACUGUAUUAACUUUUUUUUCUUUUUUGAACUAAAGUUAGUAGAAGUAAAAGAGAAAUAAAGACACAAAAAGCUGUCACUGGGUGGUACUUUUGUAGCAGCUUUAAUCUACCAGUAAGGACACUUUAGGUACAAGUGUACCUUUCGUAAAGAUAUUGAUACAAUAACCACUUUUGUACUUUUAUUUCUAGGAGAUUUGUUUCUUCAUUCUGAUCAAAUGAUCGGUCACAAUGUAAUAUGAUUUCUUACAAUAAUGCAAUGAUAGGAACCUGCAAUCAAUGAUUUUGAAAUCUGUCCUCCCUGGAAAACAAUUAAAUAGUACUGGGUUGUGGCUGGAAGGGCAUCAGCUGUGUAAAACAUAUGCUGGAUAGUUGGUAGUUCAUUCUGCUGUGGCGACCCCUAAUAAAUAAGGGACUAAGCUAAAAGAAAUGAAUGAAUGUAUAUAUAUGUGUGUGUAUUUAAUUUUAACUAUUGUGUAUUUAAUUUGUAAUAAUUUUAACCCCCCUUUGAAUUUAUUUUUAUUUAUUUUUCUUUUUAAAAUAUUUCCCAAAUGUUGUUUAACCGAGCAAGUAAAUUUUCACAGCAUGUUUGAUAAUAUUUUUUUUUCUGGAGAAAGUCCUAUUUGUUUUAUUUCAGCUAGAAUAAACGCAGUUUUUAAUUUAUUUAAAAACAUUUUAAGGUCAAACUUAUUAGCACCUUUAAGCUAUAUAUUUUUCAAUAGUCUACAGAACAAAUCAUCAUUAUACAAUAACUUGCUUAAUUAUAUAUAUAUAAUUUAUUUUUUUUUUACCAUCUGGAAUCUGUUUUUUUUUCAUUCAUUUAUUUCUUUCAGCUUAGUCGAUUAUUUAUCAGGGGUCACCACAGCGGAAUGAACCACCAACUAUUCCAGCUUAUGUUUUACGCAGCGGAUGCCCUUCCAGCCACAACCCAGUACAACCCAGAUCCCACAUUCUCACACUCAUACUGUCACCAUCACCAGACGUCUAACAUUCAUAGAUCGCUGGAGAACAUUCACAUUUACAUGGACUACAAUCCUGCCUCCAUAUGAACUACAAGUCCUGCCAGGCACCACACACACACACACACCUGUUCCAAGCCUCCAUUGAUUAGACUCACACAGUUGAAGCAGCUCAUGGACUGAUUAAACUCACAUAAAUACAGCUCACUCUGACACCCUCAUCGCUGAGUCUUGUUAUACUGUCACUGUGAACAUUUUGAUUGUUUCCUUGCCUUGCUUUCCGUGUUUUAACCUUGCUUUGUUUUAUUUGUUUUACGCUGUCAGCUGCCUGCCUUUUUACCAUCUGCCUGUGCAUUGACCACAACUCUGGAUUUCAUGUAUACAUCUGUUUGCCCCUGUGUUGACCAAUGCUUGCCUGACUAUACUGCUAAAUAAACCUGCGUUUGGAUCUGCA